AUGCCACAAAGAAUUGAGCUUACCUCCGAACCGGUGAUAAAACCACGCUCUACUGAGAGCUCACUGCUCAGAAAGAUACAAAGAGCGUGUAGAUCCACAUUGCCUGAACCAGAUUUGGGUUUAAAUUUAGAUGUAGCCGACUAUAUCAAUUCAAAGCAGGGGGCAACACCUAGAGAGGCUGUCUUAGCGAUUGAGAAAUUGGUCAAUAAUGGGGACACACAAGCGGCUGUUUUUGCACUUUCACUACUAGAUGUUUUGGUAAAAAAUUGCGGUUACUCUAUCCAUUUGCAAAUCUCCAGGAAAGAAUUCUUAAACGAUCUCGUCAAAAGAUUUCCAGAGCAACCACCAUUGAGAUAUUCCAAGGUGCAACAAAUGAUUCUUGAGGCCAUCGAGGAAUGGUACCAAACCAUCUGCAAACAUGCCAGCUACAAGGACGAUCUUCAAUAUAUCAGCGACAUGCACAAAUUACUGAAAUACAAAGGUUAUACUUUCCCAAAAGUUGGGAGUGAAAACCUGGCAGUGUUGAGACCGAAUGACCAACUGAGGACGGCUAGUGAGCUACAAGAAGAACGGGAGAGAGCUCAAGCUGCGAAACUAGAAGAGCUGAUAAGAAGCGGCAAGCCAGAUGACUUGAAGGAGGCUAACAAACUAAUGAAAGUUAUGGCGGGAUUUAAAGAUGACACUAAGGUAGCUGUCAAACAAGCAAUCAACAAUGAGCUAAAUAAGCUCAAAAGAAAAGCUGAUUUGUUCGAUGAAAUGCUGACUUCUACUGAGGAGCCCGAUUUGGAAAAUGAAACUAUACAAGAGCUGUAUGGCGACUUAAAAUCAGCGCAACCGAAAUUCAAAAAGCUCAUUGAGGAAGAACGCGACGACGAUGCGCUUGUUAAUAACCUAUCAAAAUUUAACGACCUAGUGGUCCAAUUGUUAGAAAAAUACAGGUCAAUAAAGGGCGUGAAGGAAGAAGAACGAAGUACCAUCGAUACAGAUGAAUCCGCGAAAGAGUUUAAUUUAAUAGAUUUUGAUGACGACUCAACGGCAAACGUUUUACCUGUGACGUCUUCAGGUAAACCUUUGCAACUUUCUGAGGAUCUUUUAGGGGAUCUCAAUAAUUUAAGUUUGUCAUCAUCAGAAAAGCUUAAAGAAAACAGUGCUUUUGUUGAUAUAUUUGGUGACAAUCACCCAAAGUCUACUGGCAUAGAUUUAUUGGACUUUGGUUCGCAAACUGGAGAAACUAAAGCCGGAACAUCUUCAUAUUCUAACUCAUUUGAUCUACCUAACGGUUUAAUAAAUAAUUCAAGUAACUCCAAAGAAAAUUCAGCUCAGUUGCAAAGACAUAUACUCAACGAAUCAGAUCAAUUAAGGAUUGAUUACGAAUUGAUCCGUGAAUCAAUAACAAAGCUAAGAUUAGUCAUCUUCUAUUCAAACUUAAGCAAUGAUCCAGUCACUAAUUUCGCACUUUUACUUGCAUCGCCCAAAGGCACGACAUUGUCUCUGCAGCCACAAUCGGGCAAUAUUCUUCAGAGUAAGUCCAGAGAUGGCAUAAAACAGAUUGCUUCAAUAGAAGGUAUGGCUGUUAAUUUAGGGAAGCAUAUCAAGUUGAAAUGGAAAGCUAGUUACAACACCAAGGAUGGUUCGAAGGAAGAAUCGGGCACUGCCACUUUGCCCAUAAUAUAA